AUGCCAGGGUCCUUUGGGCCUGAAGACUAUAUUGACUUCUACGACAACCCUUUUGAAACACUUGACGAGAUUCAAACUACUUGGAAGGAUUGCGAACCGCCUGUUUCCUGGUCGGCAAAGAACCUCUCAGAGAUCGACGUCGCUGAUAUCGUUUGGCAUAAAUACGACCCUCCAGCUGCACUCAGAAAGACCCCCAAUAUCACAUCUCAAAUUCUGCUUGAUAUUCUUUGGACGUCACUCGAGAAUGUCAAGGCUAGUAACCUCGAAGAAGAUCGCCAAAAGCAAGAAGCUGAGGAGCAGCGGAGGCUGGCCGAGGAAGACAAAGGCAAGGGCAGGGAGCCAUAUCUGCCCAUCAUUAUUCCAGCCGACACUUCUGCUCAAUCGGACACUCCUCCACUGGUCUCUAGCAUAUGUCAAAACGGCUCACCUGUGACCACAACCACACCCGAAGCCAUCACGAAAGCAAAGGCCAACAAGAAGCGUCUGUUUGCGCUCCGUCGAUUAUUCCAACGGAGGCAUGAGAAGGGUGAAAGCAGUGCCACUGGGGCAGCUCUCGGGACAUUACGAGAGCAGGUUGAGUCGCCAGGGCCAUUCUCUAGUCGAUUCGGUCUCUUGACAAAGCCGAACCCUGAGGAAGAGGUCGAGUGCGUGUCCUGCCUCGACGACUUCUACCCCAAGGACGUCAUCAGGGUUACAUGUCACAGCUACUGCCAUGAUUGUUUUGUCCGGCUCAUUACUGCUGCGUGCCAAAAUGAGCAACAAUGGCCUCCAAAGUGCUGCUUAAACGAGAUCCCUUUCAAGACGAUCCUGCGGUUCAUCCCGGCCGACCUCAAGAAGACGUUUGACGACCGGUCCAAGGAGUGGGAAAUCCCCGUCAGCGAACGUGUUUACUGCAGUAGCCCAAGCUGCAGCCUCUGGAUCAGUCCCAAGCGUAUCGAUGCCGGUAGACGCCAAGGAGUCUGCGAUAAUUCUCAUGUGACGUGCACGAUAUGCCGUGCUCCCGCUCACGGGGGAGAGGAUUGCCCGCAGGACAAUGACAUGAACCUUACUAAUCUCUUGGCCGAGGAGGAAGGCUGGAAAAGAUGCUUCAACUGCAACGCCCUGGUAGAGCACAGGGAGGCUUGCCAACACAUGACUUGCCGAUGCGGUACUCAAUUCUGCUAUGUCUGCUGCCGGCGAUGGCGGACAUGCAGCUGCACGAUGGAGCAACUCACUGCACACAAGGAUGGUGCAGCGGCUCGGCGUGCUGAGAGAAGAGCCAAAGAAUUGGCUGAAGCCGAAGAGUUGCGCCAAAUUCUACUUCAGAUUGAGGAGUUUGAACGAGAGGAAGCCCUCAAGGCCGAACUACUGCGUCAGGAGCAGGAGAGGCUGGAAGAAGAGCGUCGACAACGCGAACUUGAGGAAAGAGUCCGACAAGAGAGUAUCCGCCGCAGGAAUAUUGAACUUAAGUAUCAAGAGCUGCGUAUUUUGCUUGAUGACUUGCACGAUUUGCAGCAAGUAUUGGUUGAUGUCGAUCAAGAAAAGGAGGCCGAGGAAUUGAUCAUCGAGACAAGAGCUGCAAAGGACGAGCUCUCAAAGAAGCACGAAGCCGAGCGUUCUGAUUUGGAGUCCCUCAUGAGAACAAAGAUAGCUGAGAAGGAGUACACGCUCAACAAGGACUUUCAGAUCCGAGCAGCCGAGGAGAGCAAGAUUGAAGAGGCCUACCACGAGCGACUUCAAGAGUACUGGAAGGACAAGAAGGACGGAGAACAGGAGAUCGAAGCUUCCAUGCUAGCUCUGAAGAAGCGCAUGGACCAGAAGCACCACUCGUGGCAGAAGUGGAAAGCUGGGGAGCUGAAGAAGUACGAGGCCUCACUCGAGGAUAAUAGGACGUUCCGCGAGGAGCUCAUGUACAGCGCCAAGCACAGACUGAGCGAUUCCUGUAAAGAGAAGGAAGCGGAGAUGAUGAGACGGAUGGCAGCUGAGAAGAAGUGGCUCGAGGUUGUGAUUUUGGAAAGGGAGAGGUUGCUGGGUGAGUGGGAGGUUCAGGAGGUUGAAGGGGAUGCUGAUAGCUUGUUUGGGAGGGAGUCUGAGGAGUUUGUGGAUGCGCGUGAGGCUGUGGGCACAGCUUCGUGA